AUGGCAUCUCAAGAUUCGAAAGAGUUUAGCUGUGAGGUCUCUCGCUUAGUCGAAAGAGGCCUUUCGAUUUUGCCAAAAGAAUUCAGUGCGAAUGAGUUGGCUCAAAACUUUAACGAUAAGAUCCCCAACGUAAGGGAUAUAUAUAAUCUUGUUGUUAAACUCAAAGUCAAAAGAUGUGGAAACUAUGAUGAUUCUGUUGUAGACAGAAUUGGGGAGCUUUUGUGGUUCACUGUCUCUGAAAAAGAUAAAAAUGAAAUACAAGAACAAUACGCAAAUCUCACAAAUCGUGUUAUUGAAGUAUUGACACCAGUUCCACAGUCAACCACAACCACAUCAACUUCAAACGUAUACAACGAGCUAUCAUUAGAUGAAAGUUUUUACAUAGGCAUUACAGAUUAUGUUCCACCGACAAACUCUGAUAAUCAGCCUCCAGAUUCUAUGGAUAUGAUUGGAGGCAUCACGCCUCAAACGAAUAGAACGAAUAGAUGA